GCCUCAGAUGUUAACCCCUUCCUGCCCAGUGUAAUUAGUACAGUGUCAGUGCUUUUUAUUAUCACUGAUCACUGUAUUAGUGUCACUGGGGAUGUCAGUGUCACAAUGUCAUUUCCCACCCAGUGUCAGAAUGCCCGCUGCAGUCCUGCUAUAAGUUGAUGAUCUCUGCCAUUACUAGUAUAAAUAAAUAAAUAUUACAGUAUAUAUAAGUAUAUAUAUACCGCCUUUUUUUAGAUGCUAUAUUUUCACGUAAACCAAUUAAUUUACACGUAUUGGGAUUUUU